CAUUCCUCUCACCCGCUAUCAUAUCCUCGCUUCCUUCCAUCUCAAUCUUUCCGAUUACAAUCCCGAACACAAGCAUCUCGUUGCUAUCUCUUCAGUUGGUCUUUCGUAUUUCUUUACGGAUUCUACUGCUUAUGAUUUAAGAAACUUGCCCCUUGAUUCUAUAAAUCAAUUCUUUGGAUUCUCAGGUAACAACGUUGGAUCAUUUGUGUAUGUAUUUGGAUGUUGCCGACCCAGAAAGUUUACCCUGCUGGAGUGGAUAUACACAGUUCAUUUUGACAGUAAAUAAUCAAAUUCAAUUAGAAAAGGGAUCAUCUUUUAUCUUGCUGUCCAUGCACUUACUGUUUAAGGUUUGGGACUCGGAAAAGAGGCUCUUGUCUCAUGUACAUGUCUUUAAAGAAGAAAUUACUUCUUUUGCAGUUAUGCAAACUGACCCCUACAUGUAUGUUGGAGAUUCUGAUGGCAUCAUCAAGGUUUUUAAGAUUGAAGAAGAACUUCUCAUGGUAAGUCAGCUCACGGACGACAACCAAUGUGUGUACACAGCACCGCCUGAACUUCCCUCUUUCAGUGAUGUGAAGGAUUCUGAUGAUGAAGGGUUUUCUAAUAGAUGCAGCCUUUUGGUGUUGAAAGAUGUAGCAAAGGUAUUUGGAGAUUCUGAUGGCAACAUCAAGGGUUUUAAGAUUGAACAAGAAGUACGUCAUGUUAUACAAAUGAAAUACACUAUACCUUUCUCAGCUUCUCAUGUGUCAUUGGAUUGA